AUGGAUGCUUUGUUCCUUACCCUCCUCAUAUUAUGUUCAAGCGCGCUUGGUGCCAUAUACCAGAGGUUCGAAGAUCUCCCUACUCAGAAUUUUGACUUCAUUAUAAUCGGAGGCGGAACUGCAGGGAAUGUUCUUGCAAACCGUUUGACAGAAGAUGAUCACGUCUCCGUGCUCGUACUUGAAGCUGGCGGAUCGACGGCUGAUGUCCUCCUCUCCGAGGUUCCGUUCUUUUGCCUUGACAUAACUCCCGGAACCCCUUGGGACUGGAAUUUUACCACAACUGAACAACCAGGAUUGAAUGGCCGUUCUGUUCCGUACCCUAGAGGAUUUGGAUUGGGAGGGAGUAGUGCAGUCAAUUAUAUGUUCUACACGCGUGGUUCGUCUCAAGAUUACGAUCGUUAUGCCCAGAUCAGUGGUGACCCUGGUUGGGGAUGGGAGGCAUUGCAACCGUACAUUCAGAAGAAUGAACGCUUUGUCCCCCCUAGUGAUCACCACAACACCACUGGUCAAUUCAAUCCUGCGGUCCAUGGCUUCCACGGCAUCAACUCGGUGUCUCUCUCUGGAGUCCCGCGAGCUACGGAUAGCCGCGUCAUUCAAACUACGCUGGAGCUUCCGGACGAUUAUCCUUUCAAUUUGGAUUACAACUCCGGAUACCAAUUAGGAAUCGGAUGGAUUCAAUAUACAAUUGGAAACGGGACUCGAAGCAGCUCGCAGACGUCCUAUCUUGGACCCAAGUAUAUCGGACGGCCAAAUUUGCAUGUCCUGACUCAUGCCUACGUCACUCGGAUUCUACAGUCCAAUACCAAAAACACCAAAGGCGAGCCGACAUUUGAUGCCGUCGAGUUCACCCAGGAUGCAGGAGCAACUACACAUACCCUAGCGCCAGCCGGUCUCAAAGAAGUCAUUCUCGCUGCCGGAUCCGUGGGUACCCCGCAUAUCCUUCUCCACUCUGGCAUCGGCGACAAAACCGAGCUUAAAGCUAUAGGGAUAGCACCGACGCUCCAUCUUCCCGACGUUGGAAAGAACUUGACAGACCAUACCUUAUGGACUAUCAGCUUCUUCGUUAACGACACGGACACUAUCGAGAACAUCUAUUUCAGAAAUACGACCUUCCAAGCAGAGGCUCUAGCAGAGUGGCAAGCGAAUCGAACUGGCUUUUUAUCGGCGGGAAUAUCGAAUCAGGUAGGCUUCCUUCGCAUUCCUGAAGACGCUGGUAUAUUGGACGGAGACCCAUGCGCGGGAAAUGAAACCGCGCACUACGAGCUUAUUUUCACGAAUGGCAUCCUCUUGGACCCUCCCCCUCCAGGAAACUUCUUUUCUAUCGCAAUCGCGGAUAUAUGCCCUCUAUCCCGCGGGAAUAUCACAGUUAACAGUACAAACCCUAUGGAUCCGCCACUGAUCAAUCCAAACUAUUUCUCGCAUGCUCAAGAUCUUGCUAUUAUGCAAUAUGCUGCUGAGAGUGCGAAGAAGUUUGUUACUGCUGCGGUGUGGGACGGUUACAUACUCGGUAUCAAUGCAAAUAUUACCGAAAAUGAUAUCCGGAAUGGUGCUAGCAGCGUAUUCCAUCCUGUGGGUACCGCAAGCAUGUCGCCUGCCGAUGCCAAUUGGGGCGUAGUAAACCCGGACUUGAAGUUGAAAGGUGCGAAGGGAGUGAGAAUUGUAGAUGCUUCAAUUUUGCCAUUCAUACCCGCAGCUCAUACUCAGGUUCCGGUAUAUCUAAUCGCAGAGAGGGCCGCCGAUUUAAUCAAAGCAGAUAUAUGAUGUUUGU